CAAGCACAGCACCAACAACACAGCACACACGAUGCCAAAGGAAGGUGGUGGAGCGAGCAGGCAUGACUACGGCGUGAUCCGUGAAGGACCACAGCCUGCGCUGAAGCAGACCAUGUCCGCAGAGGAAGGGUCCUUGCUAUCCACUCGUUGGUUGAAAUGGACGCGUCGCUUUCAAGUCGCAGCCAUGCUCGGGACAACGGCAUACCUUGUGUUCUUCCAUGACUUUGGCCAGCAAGACCAUUGCUUCAAACCGAUUCGGAAGUUCGUGAAGGACAAGUAUGACAGUUUCUUGACACCCACACCUGCAGAACUGGCGGAGAUUGAGCAACUCAAGCAAACCCAAACAGCGCAGGCAGCAACAGCAACAGCGGCUGCGCAACACGCAUCAACACAAUCAUCAGCCACAUCACAACAGUAGCUACAUCCACGUGAUGCGCGCGCGUGUGCGAGUUUGUGUUUUUGUAUCCGUAUGUGUGUCCCUGUUUGUUUGUGUGUGUGUGCAUGUCCCCGUUUGUUUGUGUGAAAGCCUCGCGUGCCUUCAUGUCGUUGAUUUGUUCGUCCCAUCUUUACGGCUCGUCUCCAUCAUCCUUUCGAGUAAUUGUACACAAGCUUGUUUUAGUAGUGCUGCACAGACAACCCUCGCUCGCCCUCUGGCUUGAGUGGCUUGCCUGUUUGCCAUCAAUACACAGACAUUGAACC